AUGCCCGCCACCACAGCAGAAACGCUGUCGCUCGUGACCCGCAACGUCUCGGUCGCGCCUCUCGUGCUUCUUUCGGCAGCAGACCACUACGGCCGACAAGCAAAGGGCACCAAGAGGAGAGUAGUCGGUGUGCUCCUUGGGCAAAAUGACGGAAAGAACGUACGCGUGUCCAACAGCUUUGCGGUGCCAUUCGAGGAAGACGAAAAGGACCCAUCGGUAUGGUUUCUGGACCAUAACUACGUCGAGUCGAUGAACGACAUGUUCAAGAAGAUCAACGCGCGGGAGAAGCUCAUCGGCUGGUAUCACACUGGGCCCAAGCUGAGGGCGUCGGAUCUCGAGGUCAACGAGCUGUUCAAGCGCUAUACACCAAACCCGCUACUAGUCAUUAUCGACGUACAGCCCAAGGAGGUGGGGGUACCGACAGACGCCUACUUUGCGGUCGAGGAGAUUAAGGAUGAUGGCACAGCGACUUCCAAGACGUUUGUGCACACGCCGUCAAUAAUCGAGGCUGAGGAGGCGGAAGAGAUUGGUGUCGAGCAUCUCCUCCGUGACAUCCGCGACGUGGCUGUCGGCACGCUCUCGACACGCAUAACCUCACAACUGCAGUCGCUGCAAGGCUUACAUCUACGGUUACGAGACAUUGGGCAGUAUCUACAAAAGGUUCUUGACGAGGAUCUGCCUGUGAACCACGCGAUUCUUGGUAAUCUCCAAGAUGUGUUCAACCUGUUGCCUAACCUGUCGACACCCAAGGCUGCACCAGUAGGUGGUGCGACCAAUGGGGUGGGAGCAGCGGCGGGCCAGGCAGGUGGUGUAGACAAUGGCGAGCUUGCGCGAGCGAUGAGCGUCAAGACGAACGAUCAACUCAUGGCAAUUUACCUGUCGAGCUUGAUCCGAGCCAUUACGGCGUUCCACGACCUGAUUGAGAACAAGAUCCAGAACAAGCAGCAAGCAGAGGACAAGGAGGCCAAGAAGGAGGAAGGCAAGGAAGGGGACAAGGAGGCUAAGAAGGAGGGCGACAAGGCGAGCGGCGAGGCCAAGGAAGGAGACAAGGGUAAAGAAAAGGGUAAGGAGGAGCCCAAGAAGAAGGGCUGA